GUCAGGGUGGGGGAAGUUCAGGUAUAUUCAUCGUGCGCCGACGGACGUGGAAGCAGCUCCAGCGAGCCAGAGAGAUUUCGGAGCUUUCGACGAUCAAACUCUCGCAUGGGAAUCGCAGGGCCCGCGACCGCCGACCUGCCGAAACCCUGAUCGGCCCCCACGGAAACCUCGAUACAAACUUCAAGGUGCGAUGCAGAGCAGCUAGGUCGCUGAUGGCAGCAGCAGACCUGACGGAUGAAAACAACAAAAUGCGGUUGGACAGUGCGAGCAACUCGGUGCAGGCGGCCACCGUGCAGGACGACGACCAGCCCAUUGACCUCAGCAAGCCCGCCAAAGACGGGCAACAAGCCGUCACCAGCCACAAGAUGUUUGUGAAAAAACGGUGGCUGGCGCAGAGUCAGACGGCGGGUUUCGUGCCGUUGAACCACAUCCGGACGAUGGCCCUGAAGAGAAGGGCCCACGAGAUGAGCAGCUCCUCCUUCACCACAACCACCACGACCUCAACCACCGAAGACUCGACGUACAGCCGGCAGUGGGAGUUGGAAAUGCGGCUGGACCGGGCCAACAGCCUGCCCUACCUCUCGGCCCUGCCGCCCCUGCAAAGGCAGAAGUCGCUCAGCGAGUCCAGGAUUCCUCCAAAGGCCAGUCAGCCUGUGCAGACGACGCUGCCGGCGUCGCCGCUCAACUCGUCGGACGACCGGACUGUCCGGUGGCUCAUCGAGCACCAGCAGGAGGUGCAGCGGCAGCGCAUGCAGCAGCUGGACCUUCUGCAGCAGCAGUUUGCUGGCAGUCCCGAGCCCAGCACCGAAAUCAACCUCAACUACUACACCAAGAUGGUGCAAUUCAUGCAGAGUCAGGAAGCUGAACGGGCCAAGUUGCAGGCCCCGACGGUUGAGGAGGACGAUGGCUAUGAUGAGAACGACGACGAGGAGUGCGCCGAGCUGGCCGAAAUCGACUACUCGUCAUCUCCUAGUCAGUCUGGUGAAAUCCCUGGUGAUGAACACAGUGAAUCAAAAAGGAAAGCAACAGGGACUCGGCCAAUGACUGGAAAGCAUGUGCGGUCAGGAACUGGAGCCAAACCGUCCACCCUCCUAGAGCUGCGCAAGAAGAUCCAAGCAAGGCAACAAAUGAAAAUGUCCCCAAUAAAGUAACACCUCUACUUAAAUAUUUAUUUCCUCCACUUGUCAUGUAACUUACUUAAUUUUUUCUCUAAGCAAUGCUCUGAUGCCGAUACUGUGUGCUCAAAGCAAAUUCCAUCCUCAGUUGUACAAGGCGAUGCUGUGCCAAAUGCAAAUGUAAUUAUUUUGCGUUUUUAGUUAGUAUUUAUAUUUAUUAUCUAUAGAUCAAUUAAUUUGUGCUGAAGUUAAUAUCUCCUUGAAAUGUUUAUAGUUAGUUUGACUGAUUUCUUUAAGAAAAAUAUCCGGCGUCUAGUUGAUGUUUUCCACAAAACUAAAAAAAAUGUAAUUUCGUUGAAUUAUAUUUCAGAAACAUCCGUGCUCUUCAGUCCAUAUCAAUGGGGCAGCCAAAGUAUGAUUUAAAUAUUGCGCCAUUUGUAAAUUUUUAUACUUAAUUAUUUUGAAAAUUCAAUGUUUCCCAUUUUACCAUGACAUAAUUAUCCAUUCCAGUUGUGCAAGAAAGACUGACUAAGACACCGUGAUGAAUAAAUUUGAAUUUCAUCUCCACCAGUGCAUUUAUUUCUCAAGAUGAAAACUUUUUGUAAAUACGAAAGACAAAAAUAAAAUAAAACAUCAAAUGUAAUUUUGUGUAAAUCAUCAUGGCAGCUUUUCU